AUGCCGCCCCAGAUCGCGGCCGCACGGCCAUCUACUGCCGCAAACGGACGACCCUCUUUCAAGGCAGCAGGAUCGGGCGCACGAGCCGGCGGGCAGCCAACCUUCAAGCCGCCGCGGCCAAAGCCUCAACCCCAGAAAGAGACAAGAGAACAAAGCAAACAGAAGGGCAAGCGGCCACAGGAGCGCAUAGAUGUAGACGAAGAUGUGGUCGAUUUGGAGGACGAGGAGGCGGAGUCUUCCCGACGUCGUGGGAAGAGGCGAGAGGUUUCUGGCGCUGCUGAUGAUUUAGCGGCGCUUGAUGACAUGGAGGACGACGAGGCCGAUGAUGGUGACGACAGUGAGACCCCCUCUAUCCCACCGGAGCUGCUCACUCGCCUGCUGCAUCACUUCUUUUCGAAGCCGAACUCGCGCAUCACGCAGGAUGCCAACACGAGCGUUGGAAAAUACAUGGAGAUAUUCAUACGGGAAGCGGUGGCCCGAUCCAUGGCAGAGCGACGCGAUGGCAGUUUCCUGGAUGUCGACGUGUUGCAAAAGGUAGCAGCACAGCUCAUUAUGGACAUGUGA